GGCAGGUAUGAACAUGAAAGCUUGCUUUAUUUACAACGCAUGUUAAAAGACCUGCGAUGUAAGUAGGCCAUGCAUUCCACCAGUACUGCCACAUCCACGGACACAAAUCACCAUGCAUCCGUUAACCUGGAGUAACGAAGUCCAUUCCUGCCAGUUUUCGCCACCCAUUAUUUCACGUGAGGGGGAGGGAGAGGACGAAAAUGGGGACUCCAGUUCAUAUAACGGUAAAGAUGCGAUCAAGCGGGGAAGACCUAGGGCCGACGCUAUAUCAUCGCUCAUACAAGAAGGAAAUUCGUCAAGAAGCAGAAUUCGCUGUCAAAUCUGCAGCCGCGUCUUUCCUCGGGAGAAAUCACUUCAGGCACACCUGAGAACGCAUACAGGUGAGCGUCCCUAUUCGUGUGAUUUUCCUGGAUGUGGCAAAGCAUUCUGUCAGAGUGGGCAGCUGAAGACUCACCAGCGGCUGCACACAGGGGAGAAGCCCUUCGCCUGCUCUGUACAAGAUUGCCAAAGUCGCUUCACGCAUGCAAACCGCCACUGUCCCGACCACCCAUACGCUUCCCUGCAGCGGGUGGAGACAGACAUUACGUCAUCGCCCACCUUCAAAAGUAACAGCUAUGAAGUUCAACAGUGGCUAAUACGGUAUGAUGCCCAGCGCAAGGAACGAAGUCAACUCAAGUCACCUGUCAAGCGCCGUCUCUAUGAUGAGAAGGACGAUGAAGAUAAUCUCCAUGCAAAAAAGAGCGGCCACAUUUCGAUGACAUCCCCCUUACAGCAGACUGAACAAAGAGAUAAAUGGAUUUCUGCACUGGCCCUCAUGGAACUCGCCCGUGGUGUUGUGUCAUGACAUCAUUAUCCGUCCAAUGUCUUCACAAUAUUUAUGAAUUUUGCUAUACAAUUUGCUUUUUUAUAAUGGAAGUUUUAUUUAUUCCUGAGGUGUUCAAUGCUUGGCAAUUUUUGAGCUCAGCAUUCCAUGAUGCUGCCGUCCAUUUCCAAUAUUGCUCCAUAUCAUUGUAAUGAUAUUGUCAAUGACAUCACAAAGCAUAAUUAUUCACACCCCAACAAUGGGUGCCAUUCCUUUAUGUUACUCAAGUUUGUGUGUCCUAAAUGCCAUCCGUCCUAACAUAUUUAUGAUCUACUAUUUACGUUUUCCACUCCGUCCUAACAUACAGGUACCCCAAGUCAUUUCUAUCUGUCCGUCCAGCUGAUGUACGAAGUGGUGCUUGUUUCAUGCUAAAUUAUAACCAGGUUCAUAGUUGUACAACAUUUGUUAUAUUUACUCCAAACUAUUUAUUUGUAUUGGACUUGCCCUAAUAUAUUUUAUUUUCUUGACUUUGGAAGAAACUUGAAACAUUCCAGAGAGACCGUCCUCUGAUAUACUGCAAUAGCGAGUGUGGGAAGGCUCAAGUACGAUGUUCUUCUGUAUGAGAAUGAAGGCUGUAUAUUUUAUCAUCUUUUAUUGGUGUCCAUAGAAGUAUCACUUAGUAGUUUAUUGUUGUAAUGUCCUAGAAAAUCCUAUCUUCAUUAAUAAUUGGUGCUUUACUGUAAUCACACUAAACAAAACACGGCAUCACUCAGAUCAUUCCUAGAAAUUGAUGUGUUCAUAGUAAACUUGUGGCAUUUACAGUAAGUCAUCCAUUGUGUACCAAUGUACUACUCCAAAGAAUUUAUAACACACAAGAUUCUUUCAUCUUGAUGUGGUUAUUGCACUGAUGCUAUAUCAGAUUAACAACAAUAUUAUGAAAGAAUCAUGUUCAUUGAUUUUUUGUGUGUGAUAUAUGAUAAAACACACUACUACAUAUUAAGAAUUCUAUAAAAAUCAAUUUAAGUUUUGCUAGGAUAUCAGCUUAGUGCAUCUGAACCAGAUGAUGAGAGUAACCAUUAGCUGUGGCUAGUCCUUCUUGAACAUGACAAAAAUGUUCACUAAGUUUACAUGUUCUGUCACUUACGUUCAUUGCCAAUUUGUAGCAAAAUUGAAGCAUUUGGAAUUAUAGUCAAACAACGGUACUGGUAAUAAUGGACUACCAAUAUAUUUAUAUUGUAAAUGUGUAACAGUACUUGUGUCACUGGUGAAGUGUGAAUAAUAUUACCAGCAGAAUGGGAGGAGUUUUUGUGGUGUGCAUGUCCUCCAUCCCUCUGUACUAUGUAUCUCCUUGUACACAGAUUGGUCUUCAGUCCUGCAGGUGUAAGUAAUGGCUGUAAAUCCCCAUUAAAAGGUGAGGUGAGGUGAAAUUGGGUUUAACAUCGUGCUUGAGAAUGUUUCGCUCAUAUGACGAUGUGCAUGCGUGUA